ACCAACAAACCAAAUAGAAAACAUAUUUUAAAGGGGGGCACUUUCUUAGCUCUCUCCUUGCCUUCUCCUUUAAUAAACCUCUUCCUCCUUUCACUCAAUAUAUAUACUCCUCUCCACCUAUCCCCUCUCCACCUCAUUCACAUAUUCAAAAUUUUCUCUCAUAAUCUUUCCUCUGUUUCAUAAAAACCAAGGGUAAAAACUAAAAAAUCUCUACUUUGUCAUCUGUUCUUCAAGAAAAUAUUGCUGGUUUUCUUGGUCUUGAAGUAAAAAUGGAGGAGGGAUUUUCAAGAAGAGGCCUAGAACUAAGGCUAGCUCCACCAGGUGAUCAAGAACACAGCUUGGCCUGUUCUAAAACCUCAACCAACUUCACUAAACACACUUUUCAAGAGAAAGAUCAUGACCCUUCUCUUCUUUCUCUUGGAAACUCAUACUCCACCAUCACAACUCACUCAGCUUGUUCUGGUUCAAAGAGAGGGCUUGACAAGAGUUGGCUAAAUGAGAGUCAAACUCAAACACACAAGUUCUUGUAUUAUGACCAACAAAAAGACUUGGACUUGCUUCCUGGCAUGAAAAAGGAAUCAUCUCAGAGCAAAGGGCUGGUGUCAGAGCUGCACAAGACUGAAAAGCAGCAGGCAUUUUCACCAGAUGCUUCUGCUGUAAAAAAUACAGCUGGUCCCAACACUUCCCACAAAAGAACUGUUCCUGCUCCAGUUGUUGGUUGGCCUCCAAUUAGAUCAUUCAGGAAGAAUAUUGCAAGCAACACUUCGACGAAACUGAAGGUUGAGCCCAAGCAAGAGAUUGUGGCUCCGCCACAUAAGAGUGCCAACGAAAAACAGGUCGAGAGUUGUUGUAAAGGUUUGUUUGUGAAGAUCAACAUGGAUGGAGUCCCUAUUGGAAGAAAAGUUGAUCUGAAAGCUUAUGAUAGCUAUGAAAAGCUAUCCUGUUCGGUUGAUGAGCUUUUCAGAGGUCUCUUGGCAGCUCAAAGGGACCCCUCCGAUGAAAAUAUCCAGAACCAAGAGGGAGAUACGUUAAUUACCGGGUUGUUAGAUGGAAGAGGGGAAUAUACCCUAGUGUAUGAGGAUAAUGAAGGCGACAGGAUGCUUGUCGGAGAUGUCCCAUGGCACAUGUUUGUGUCUACUGUCAAGAGGCUGCGGGUAUUGAAAAGCUCUGACGUUUCUUCGCUAUUUGCACGCGGUAACAAGCAGAGCAAGAAUUCAACUGAUGCUGCAUUAAUACAAUAAAGAACCUCUGUUAGCUCAGUACUAAAUGAGACUGGAGGUUUAAUGUUUUGUUUAUAUCCCUUAAUAUUUUGGAUUUAAAAUCAGCCCCGUCUUUAUGUAAAAAGGCCUUUGCUGAGUCGUACUCGGUGUACAAGACUCACUCAUCCCGCGAGUUAAACCCUUACUCGCGGUUUUCGAUUAAAAGGUUGUUUUCUGGAAUCUAACCAGUAACCUGUUCCUAGACACAAUCUAUUGCUAUUCCACCUGAUUUUACUUGGUUUUCUUUUCUUUCUUUUUGCUUGAAAGCAGUUGGUUGACCGUUGACUCGUAUGGUAAUUCAAGAUUUCUGUUUUUCUCA